AACAAGAACGAGGCAUGAAAAUUGAUAAUGAUGGACGAAGUAUAGUAGAAAUAGAAUCGGGAGAGAACGAGAUAGAUAACAGCAAAGAUAAAGAGAUGCGAGACAGUCGAAAUAGAGGCAAGAGACACUAUAAUGCAAUAGGAAGCAAGAGACCAGAUGAAAAAGAGGAAGGCAAAGAGAAAAAGAAGAGAGGAGAAAGGGACAAUAACGAAAGACAACAUCAAGAAAAAAAGAUAAAAAUAAAAGAAACAACAAUCACGAAGAGAGAA